AACAAACAAGCGAAAAUGGCGGACGGGAAGGCGGGAGAGGAGAAGCCUGAAAAGUCGCAGCGAGUUGGAGCUGCCGGAGGACCUGAAGAAGCAGCAGAAAAACCUGUAAAAACUAAGACUGUUUCUUCCAGUAAUGAAGGGGAAAGUUCCGGUCGCAGCGCUGAGAAGCGAUCAGCUGAAGAAGCAGCUGCCAACUUCCCAACAAAGCCUACAAAAAUCUCCAAGUUUGGAUUUGCCAUAGUAGCAGCAGCUUUUAAUGAAGAUGAAGAUAGUGAACCAGAGGAAAUGCCUCCAGAAGCAAAGAUGAGGAUGAAGAAUAUUGGAAGGAAUACACCAACAUCAGCUGGACCAAACUCCUUCAAUAAAGGAAAACAUGGGUUUUCUGAUAACCAGAAGCUGUGGGAGCGAAAUAUAAAAUCUCAUCUUGGAAAUGUCCAUGACCAAGACAAUUAAAUGAUGUUUUGAAAUUGGUGUGUGGGGUGCAUGUAAAGUUAAAAGGAACAGUUUCCUUUUUUAAAGAAUGGUAUAAGACUAUCUUAGAGCCGCUUUUUUUUUUUUCUUUUUCAUUUUUUUAAAAGAUUGAGUGGUACACUAAUAAACGAGAGUUUGAAAUUAGAGGUAAUUUAUGUUUUAUAUACAGAUUUCAAGACAUUUGCUAAUUUUGUAGUUUCAUGUGAUUAGUUUCCAAAGGUUACAGAUAAUAAAGAAAUCAGAAAUGGUACCUUUUUAAGAAUUGCAUAUUUUUUUAGACACAACUAUUAGCACAUUAAGAGGGAAGCAAAAAGUUAUUGUCUAUUUAAAACUGCAAGCGGUUACUCUCUUAACUCACUUAUUACCUAAACUUGUCUGGCUCCCAGGAACAGCCUUAUAGAGAGAGGGAGUAUUGUAUUGGGAGGAAAAUGUUACUGAAGUAUUCACUGAAAGUAAAUUUAGAUAAAAUACAGCUUUUUUCCUUGUGGGCAUUUGUUUUGUUUCAAGUCAUCAUAAACUAGGUAUUGCAUUGCUAUCAGUGGAUACAGAUGCUUAGUUCUUAAAAGAAUUUUUUUUUUUUAAUGUAAACUGUUGAAUAUUUGAAAUAGCCCACUUCACCUUAAUGGGUCUUGUCUAUCUUCAUUAGUCUUCAAAGAAAAACCAUUUGCUACCAAAGUAAAUCAGUAUUUUGAAUGUG